GAGUCGAUUUUUAAUACUAGAAAUUCCAUCUCGAACUGUAUUUAUUAUUGCUCCAAAUUUCGUCUCAAGAACAUUUUCCCGCGCAGGGGAAUUCGCGUGUCCUGGGAUGGCAGCUGUAAGCUUGAGCAUAAACGGAGAUCCGGCCGUCCUGCUAGAGCCUGGUACCGUCUACCGCAUUGGGAGCAAGGAAGAAUACGAGUUCUGUGUGGCCGAUGAAUCCAUGGAGCUGUAUCAUGCUCUGGCAACCGUCUAUCGAGCGGGCAUCCUUCGCGUGAAUGCGCUGCUGGGCAAGGUAUUUGUGAACGACGUGGAGAAUGGCAAUGCGGACAUAAGCCAAAAGGAUGCCAUCGAUGGAAAAGUGAAGCUGCGCUUCGGCAAUGUAAACGCGGAAGUGCAACUGAUAGAAACUCUUCAGCAUCAUGACAGCAGUGGCUUUGGGGAAACCCUCAAGGAUACAUCUCUCGAUACAACAACUGAGAGUGUUGUUAUACCAGAAACAGAGGUGCAGUCGGUCAACACAACAGCUGACAGCUUCUUUGUGCCCGAAGCACAAGCUGUGCCCUUUGACAGAUCCACGCGGGGCGGCAAAGUUUCGCUGGGCGAUGACUUUAUGAUACCCGAGACGCAAGAUCUCCUCAGCACACCACCUGCAGUUGUGCAGAAUGAGGCGAGCAAUUCCAAUGAUGGAAGUGCCUCUGAAAUGUGCUCGCAGAUACGCAUUUGCACCCAGGACUAUAAUGAGGAUGCACUUGAGGACUUUGACACGUCCAUGAUGCUGGGGUCUUCUUUGACGCCGACGAAGAUCUUUACCGGAUAUGUCAAUCCGGCCGCCGAUGCAACCGACCACGAAUUGAGUGCCUUAAAUUGGUCCACAUCCAAUCCAAAAUGCACUGCCCUGAACAGCACUAAGGAGGGAGAGUUGCCAGCUCGAGCCGUUGCUUGCAUUACACCAGAACUAUCUGGACAGAAUCCAUCUCAUGAUGCAGGAAAUUGUACUCCUGAUAUAUUUGAUUUGAUGGUUGCUGAUGGAGAACAGCCCGAGCCCGAGCCCGAGAGCUCUGCCACACCAACGCUUUGCGGGUUAAAGCAAUUGGUUGUGGCACACAUAGAGACGCCAACAGCAACUCCUCUCGAAGUGGAGGACCUCAUUGUAACACAGAGCAACGCGCAUAACGAAACUAAUCAGGAUUUUGUUGCCACUCAGCCGUUUCCGUUUACCUUAAUGCGCAAGCAGGAAGGAUUGCAAGCAGGCCAGGAAACUAAUCAGGAUUUCAUUCCCACUCAGCCAUUCCCAUUUCCCACCAAGCUCAAGCCAAGCGGAUUGCCAUCUAUUAACUCUCCCAAGGAUCGCAGCAUUGUGGAGGAGACCAACGAAGAUUUCAUUGCCACUCAGCCCUUUCCCUUCAAGCUCAAACCAGAUGGAUUGCCAGCUACUAAUGCUGAGGAUUUCAAAGCCACUCAGCCAUUCCCCUUCCGAAAGAAGCAAAAGAGAGCACACUCAGACGCAACCACCCAGGAUCACAGCGACAAUGAGGAGCCCUCGCAGAGCAAACAAGCGAAAGUGCAAGCAACCGAUUCGCCAGCAGAUCUCAGCUGCAGCAAGACUAUUCAAGAAAAUAAAGAAAACAUUCCAGUGGCAAAUAAGGAAACUGAAGCCAAAGCCUCCACCUCAAAAGACGCAGCAGCUUCAAAUUCGUUUGAAUAUGAUGCUGUCAUGGAGGUACUGGAGGAAAUGGCAACGGGGCCAGCACUGCCACCUGCUGAUCCAAACGAACCUCAAAUUAAAUUCGUUGAACCUGCCAUCAUCAAAGACGACAACUACAAUGCUCUGGUUACCCGAAUGGAGUGCGUCUUCCAGGACAGAAACAACCCACACCGCUGGCGCUUACCGCGACUGCCCGAAGGCGCGCGUAGCCGCUUAGCCGGAUCGGAGUCACCGCCACGUACUACCAGAAACCCAAUGCAACGACGCAUCUCCGAUGAAUCACCCAGAAUCGAGCCAAGAAAGCGGCCAGCCAUUGCAGAUCAAUUCGCAGAACCUCGCAGCAAGAUCAGCCGCCCACCCAGAACCUUGUUAGUUGCAGAAGAAGCUAAGGGGGCAGCUAGCCAGGAGAGUGCCCCCGAAUUGGUGGCCAAGAAACGGCCGAGUAGCUCCAAGGCAACAACAAGCACAGAGCUCGAUUCUGCUUCGAUUUCUAAAGCUAAGAAGGCAAUCAAACCCAAAAGAGAUGAAGAUUUCGUCGUUCCAAUUGAGCCACGAAGACGACCAAGGAACUCAAAAACAAAAGCAGUCGAAAAGAUUCAGGAAGAGGCAGCCGAAAAUGGGAAUACAGCCGAAGAAGAAGAAGUCGCACAGGAAGCAAGCAGGCCACAAAGAAGGCUGAGAGCUAAGCAAAUAACGAAGCAAGAGGACGCUACAGGACAAGCUAAAGCGGGUGAAGACGUUAAAGGGAAAGAAUCCAAGAAAGAGGAAGCUACAGGAAAAGCUAAUUCGAGUGCAGAAGUUAAAGGGAAAGGAUCGCAGCAAGAACCACAGACAGAACGUGCCAAUUCGAACGCAGAAGUUAAAGGGAAAGGAUCGAAGAAAGAGGAAGCUACAGGACAAUCUAAUGCGAGUGCAGAAGUUAAACGGAAAGGAUCCAAGAAAGAGGAAGCUACAGGAAAUGCCACUAAUGGUGCAGAAGUUAAACCGAAACGAACCAAGCACAAGGAAGCCACAGAACAGGCCAACACGAGUGCAGAAGUUAAAGGGAAAGGAUCCAAUAAAGAGCCACAGACAGAACAGGCCAAUACGAGUGCAGCAGUGAAAGGGAGAGUCGGAAGAGCUAGGAAGUCUCAGACUCCGACACCGCUGGACACCACAGAGACUAAGAUAACAAAGGAGAAGCCACCAGAGAAAGAAAAACGUGGGGUGGGUAGGCAUCGGAAGUCCGAAACACCAACAGAAGAUAAGCCUAUAAAACCGAAAGUCAAGAGAAGUAAGACCCCACCCACCACGAAGAGGAUGACUAGAAGGAACACUGCCAAGGAGGAACCUAAAGAAGAACCACAAGCCAAAGGUGCUGCACUUCGUGAACUCGUUGUGAGGAUUAAAAAUGAGAAGCUCAUAAAAUCCAACUCCGCCAUUGAAGAGGAAAUUGAUGGACCAACAACGAGUGCCGCAGCAGCACAGCAAAAGGAGAAGUCUGGAAAGGAGGCAAGAAACAGGAGCAGCUCCGACAAGAAUGUUUCGUUGUCUCAAGAGAAUGCCCUUAAAGCCAUUAACCAACAUGUGAAGAAGGCAAAGGGAAAAGGAAAAAUCAAAAUAGCAUUCUCCGCGUGCAAUUCAUUAGAUGUGGCGUCUGUUCUGAAGGCCUUAAAGCAUUGUGUGGAGAAAACGGAUGAUCCCUUGAGCUGCGACGUGCUCAUCAUGGACAGAGGUGAUCGCACAUACAAAUUCCUGGUGGCAGUGGCUGCCAACAAACCAAUACUGUCCAGCUCCUGGCUGCAAUCCAUGCGGGCCACGUCUCGUGUAACUGUGCUGGCGGAACACCUCUUCGCCGACUCCCAAUUCGAGAAGAUGUACAAAUUCGAUCCCCUAAUGGCCAUGCAGCAGCCUCAAUUGUUGAGUGGUUUGCACUUUAUGCUCUGCGAGGGUAUUCUACCCAAUCCAAAAGAAAUGAAAGCUAUUAUUGAAAGUGCUGCUGGCAAGGUGCACAAAGAGCCGCCUGCACAGGAGCAGAAGCUGUAUGUCAUAGCUGCGGCCAAGGAUAAGCAGCGCUACAUGCGACGCUUGCGGAAUCAUGCCCAUGCCCAGUACAUAACCACAGAGGGCAUCAUGCAGUCGCUGGCGCAGCACAAUCUGCAGCGCUUAGACGACCCAAAGGUGCAAAUUUGAGUCUCAUUUUUGUCAAUAUUUUGUUUUGUUCCUUGUCUAUUUUUGUGUUUGUGGCCAUACAUCAAUAUAUCUAUAUUCCAUGUUAAUUUAUCUGCAAUUAUUAAAUACAUCAU